CCUCCUGAACGUUGUCUUUAGCAUUUGUUAGACGCCUGAAUGUCUUCUUUGGCAUAAAAUUUUUAAGAUUUUGAAAUUAUUUUUUCAUGUACUUUGUUUUCUGUAGCAAUGCCAGGGCAUUGUUGUUGUUGUUAGGUGCUGUCGAGUCAGCUCUGACUCAUAGAGACCCCACUUACUACAGAACGGAACACUGCCCUGUCCUGUGCCAUCCUCACAGUUGUUAUGUUUGGGCCCAUUGUUGCAGCCACUGUGUCAGUCCAUCUUGUUGAAGGUCUUCCUCUUUUUCGCUGACCCCUCUACUUUACCAAGCCAGGAGAUUAGUGGAAAUUAAUAUAUUGCAUAGAACCAGCUGAGAAUUAGUGAUAAAUAAAGUUAAUAAGAUGUUGAAAGUGAAACAAAGACUCUGAAUUUUAUUACAGUCAAUAGAGAACCACGAGAAACUUGUAUUAUGAUCCUCUUCCCCUCCUAAAAGCAUUGUACUCUCAUAACAACAAAAACUUUGACGAAUAAAGCAAAGAAAAUUGUCCCUAAUCUUAGGAUUUUAUCCUUAAGACUUGUGAGCCAAAAAAAGUAUAAAUCCAAGGUUUUUUAAUAUAUGCAAUUAGUUUCUUUUCCUUAACCAAAGAAUAGGAUAACAAAUAUCACACACAGGUCAUGUUAGUACAGAGAGAAGACAGUAACCCUUCCUAAGACUUGGAUGGAAGAUCAGGCCUUGAAAAACAUGUUGUUAAUGUUUUGAUUAGUAAAAAGGCAGAGAUGCCAACAUAGUCUCAAGUGCCCACCUGAUCCAAGAAGCUCACUCCUCACCAGCAUCCCUCUCCAACCCAUUUUCCAGUCCAAUCCACGUCUGAAGAGUUGGCUUCGGGAAUGGUUCCCGUCCUGGGGCAACAGAAGAUUUCAACACUAAACUUGCACAAUGUCUUUGAAACCAAGAGUAGUAGAUUUUGAUGAAACAUGGAACAAACUUUUAACGACAAUCAAAGCUGUUGUCAUGUUGGAAUACGUCGAAAGAGCAACGUGGAACGACCGCUUCUCAGACAUCUAUGCUUUAUGUGUGGCCUACCCUGAACCCCUUGGAGAAAGACUUUAUACAGAAACUAAAAUUUUUUUGGAAAAUCACGUCCGGCAUUUGCAUAAGAAAGUUCUGGAGUCUGAAGAACAAGUACUUGUUAUGUAUCAUAGAUACUGGGAAGAAUAUAGCAAAGGUGCAGACUAUAUGGACUGUUUAUAUAGGUAUCUCAAUACCCAGUUUAUUAAAAAGAAUAAAUUGACAGAAGCUGACCUUCAGUAUGGCUAUGGUGGUGUAGAUAUGAAUGAACCACUCAUGGAGAUAGGAGAGCUAGCGUUGGACAUGUGGAGAAAGUUGAUGGUCGAACCACUUCAGACCGUCCUCAUCCGCAUGUUGCUCCGAGAAAUCAAAAAUGAUCGUGGUGGAGAAGACCCGAACCAGAAAGUAAUCCAUGGGGUUAUUAACUCCUUUGUUCAUGUUGAACAGUAUAAGAAAAAAUUCCCCUUAAAGUUUUAUCAGGAAAUCUUUGAGUCUCCAUUUCUGACUGAAACAGGAGAGUAUUACAAACAAGAAGCUUCAAACUUAUUACAAGAAUCAAACUGCUCACAGUAUAUGGAAAAGGUUCUAGGUAGAUUAAAAGAUGAAGAAAUUCGAUGUCGAAAAUACUUACAUCCAAGUUCAUAUACUAAAGUGAUUCAUGAAUGUCAGCAACGAAUGGUAGCAGACCACUUACAAUUCUUACAUGCAGAAUGUCAUAAUAUCAUCCGACAAGAGAAAAAAAAUGACAUGGCAAAUAUGUAUGUCUUACUUCGCGCUGUGUCCACUGGUUUACCUCAUAUGAUUCAGGAGCUGCAAAAUCAUAUCCAUGAUGAGGGCCUCAGAGCAACCAGUAAUCUUACUCAGGAAAAUAUGCCAACACUCUUUGUGGAGUCAGUUUUGGAGGUACACGGUAAAUUCAUUCAACUUAUCAACACUGUUUUAAACGGUGAUCAGCACUUUAUGAGUGCACUGGAUAAGGCCCUUACAUCGGUAGUAAAUUACAGAGAACCCAAGUCUGUUUGCAAAGCACCUGAACUGCUUGCUAAGUACUGUGACAAUUUACUAAAGAAAUCAGCAAAAGGGAUGACUGAGAAUGAAGUAGAAGACAAGCUUACGAGCUUUAUUACCGUUUUCAAAUAUAUUGAUGAUAAGGACGUUUUUCAAAAGUUCUACGCAAGAAUGCUGGCAAAACGUUUAAUUCAUGGGUUAUCGAUGUCUAUGGAUUCUGAAGAAGCCAUGAUCAAUAAGUUAAAGCAAGCCUGUGGUUAUGAGUUUACCAGCAAGCUACAUCGGAUGUAUACAGAUAUGAGUGUCAGUGCUGAUCUCAACAAUAAGUUCAGCAAUUUUAUCAAAAACCAAGACACAGUAAUAGAUUUGGGAAUUAGUUUCCAAAUAUAUGUUCUGCAGGCUGGUGCGUGGCCUCUUACUCAGGCUCCUUCAUCUACAUUUGCAAUUCCCCAGGAAUUGGAAAAAAGUGUACAGAUGUUUGAAUUAUUUUACAGCCAACAUUUCAGUGGAAGGAAACUUACAUGGUUACAUUAUCUUUGUACAGGUGAAGUUAAAAUGAACUAUUUGGGCAAACCAUAUGUAGCCAUGGUCACAACAUACCAAAUGGCAGUUCUCCUUGCCUUUAACAACAGUGAGACCGUCAGCUACAAAGAGCUUCAAGACAGCACCCAGAUGAAUGAAAAGGAGCUGACAAAAACCAUCAAAUCUUUACUUGAUGUAAAAAUGAUUAACCAUGAUUCAGAAAAGGAAGACAUCGAUGUAGAAUCAUCAUUUUCAUUAAAUAUGAACUUCAGCAGUAAAAGAACAAAAUUUAAAAUUACUACAUCGAUGCAAAAAGACACACCACAGGAAAUGGAGCAGACUAGGAGUGCUGUAGAUGAGGACCGGAAAAUGUAUCUCCAGGCUGCUAUAGUUCGUAUCAUGAAAGCGCGAAAAGUGCUUCGGCAUAAUGCCCUUAUUCAAGAGGUGAUUAGCCAGUCAAGAGCUAGGUUUAACCCAAGUAUCAGCAUGAUUAAGAAGUGUAUUGAAGUUCUGAUAGACAAACAGUACAUUGAACGCAGCCAGGCGUCAGCAGAUGAAUACAGUUACGUAGCGUGAUGUUGCGCCUCCUGCACAUGGGUGUAAGAAGACCGUUGCCAUCACCAUUUGGUGUGUUCCUGUGGGAAGAAGCAGGCCUGUGCCUCCAUAAUUUGGUCAUUUGGCAGCCCCUGUUUUUCUGCUGUUUACAACAUCACCAGUGCCACGUCAUGAGCGUCAAGGAAAAUGCCUAUAGAUAUUUCAAGCUCAUGUCAUUGUGACAUUUCUUAAAACUAUUAAAAGAAUGAGUGAAGCAUUGCUGAAAUGUGGAAAUUUGGUUGGGUACCAUGCUUUUUCUCCCUUCACGUUUGCAGUUGAUGUGGUUUUUUUUUUUUUUUUUUUUAAUGUAUCUUAAAGGACAUAAAAUAAAAAAACCUAAAUAUUGUAAUAUGACAGAUAACCUAAUAAUUGUAUCUACAUUAAAAUGACAAACAUGAUAUUGCUGCUUGUCAAAUAAAAAGAAAUAAAGAAAUAGUAUGCUUUUUUUAUGUGGAUGGAAUGUCAGGUUGGCUAUGAAAUUCUGUAUGUAAAUGUUGGUGAGUCAUCAAACAGGUCAUGGCAGCUUUAGUUGCCUUUUUGUCUGAAUGGUUUAAUUCACUUGUACUGCUUCUUAAAUCCUACAUGAAAAAUGUCUAGAUUAUUGUUCCUGAAUGUAUAACAAAAUACAUUCGGUGUAAAGAAUGCUUUAUUUUUUAUGGAUUAGAACUGCAUUGGAUAUGACCGUCUGAAUAUUGAGGAUUUAAUUCCAUCAAGAGUUUCUGGUGAUGUGCUAUGUACACAAAGUAUGGGGAAUAUGUGACAACCUCAGGUCUGGCAUAGAAAGAGCUUUUCAGUCAACAGCCGUCUUCUGUUUUUAUAAUACGUUAAUUCUAAUUACAGCUUAAUACCCUGGCUCUAUUGUCUUGCCUUUUACCUUUCCUUGAGCCAUAGGAGAUCCUGUGAUACCAGUUGUGUUCCUUUCAUACUCUCUCUCCCUGCUAUUCCCCUCAUGCCCUUCCUUCUUUGACACUUCAGAGUCUAGAUGCAGUCAUAUGUCACAGGUGUGUUUAGCAAUACAUAGCCUAUAUAUUUUUGUAUCUGCAUAGUACAUGACACUAGAAGCCACUUAUAUAGAGACAUGAAAUUCCAUCAUUUUGUUAUAUAUAUCGACAGCAGUAUAAGAUAGCCCAAAACCAAACCUAUUACCGUCGAGUUGAUUCUGAGUCAUAGAGACCCUAUAGGACAGAGUAGUACUACCCCAUUGUAUUUCCAAGGCCGUAAUCUUUACAGAAGCAGACUGCCACAUCUUUCUCCCACAGAGUGGCUAGUGGGUUUGAACCUCCAAACAGAUGAGCUCUUAACCACUGCAUCACCAGGGCUGCUUUUAGUAUUAGGAUACUUUGGUCUAUUGUCAUGUUAUUUGUCUACCCACCCCCUACAUACACACUUUUUUUUUUUUUAAGGUUUUACAUUAUUUAGUAUAUCCCAAAUUCUUUCACUUGUAAUACUUCAAUUUGUAUGUCUAACAGAUACCAAACCUGUUGCUGUCGAGUCGAUUCCGACUCAUACAGAUAAGGCCUUUAAAAAAAGUGAUAAUAACCACAAUGGCAUUAUCAACACCUAACAAAAAGCCAAAUGUCCACCCACAGGUAUGGUAUUUAGCUUAUUAUCUAAAUAAACAAUAAUUACAUAAUAUCCUCUAGUACACACUUAAUAUUCAAAUGUUGCUUAUUGUUGCAAAAAAAAUGGCUUUUAUAGUUGGGUUUGUUUGAUUGCACUUUUUCUAACUGGCGUCUCUUACGUGUUUUAAAAAUCUGAGCUUUUAAUGAUUUAAACACUGUAUUUCUCAUUUUACCUUUCUUCCUAGAAAAAAUAAUGACAAACUAUAUAAGAGUAUUGUACAUUCACUGUCAAAAAACAAACCCUUGUUUUGAUAACUUGAUAAAAUUUUCCAAAUUGAUUUUUUUUCUUAAAUAUUUAUAAGUGUUAAAUUAAGUCUUGUCCUGGUAUCUAAUGUCAAGAAAAUAUACUGAAAAUUGGACACAAUAUUGUGCUGAGGUAUGUAGUAAUGACUGACAUGAUUUUCUUCACAUCUUUCCCCCAUUUUACCAGAGGUGAAACGUAAGGCAUGCUUGUGAAUGAAGACGUUAAAGAGGCCAGACACACUUAAGGAAGUCACCAUCCAGAAAAGGGGCAAUGUUUAGAAUCCAUUUUAGCACAUACCUUCGUCUUGAGGAGAAUGAAGGGAAAGAGUUACAGUCUUAUCAUUUGGCCAAGGCAAUCAGAGCAGCUGAGUGGGUAGUACCAGAGCACAGAGCUCAGAGUAACUAGCUGGAACGCCCUUGUCAUGCAGUACCAAGAGCAUGGGUGACUAGAUUCAGAAAACAGCGGGAAAGGUUUUCUAUGCUGUCUUUGAAAACAAAGAUAAUGUGAGCAAAAAUCUCAAAACUUUUGAAAAUGAUUAACAAUGGGGUAGUUAACAUGUGUAAGUCAGUGAUGUAUUUUACAGCCAGACAACACACAGCUUUGAACACUAUUCUUUCCCUUGGAAACCAAGUAUUUUAAAUGAUACUGUAGGUGUGGAUUUAUACUAGGGUUUCAUCCAGUUUUUUAUGGUAAUUUGCUUUAAUAUGAACAAAAAAUAGAUACUUCGGGAUUUGUGUUUUGUUUAUUAUGCGAUUGUACAAAUUAUGCUGCAGUGCUAGAAAGCUGUUCAUCUUUUUAAUCUUUACUGAGUGCAGGCUAUGUGACAGGUACAUCAUUGUGUUAUUUUGUUUAAUCUUCAGACAGUCCUAUUAGGUAGACAGUGUUUAUCUUUCAUAGAUGAGGAAGCUUAAUGAAGAAACUUUUCCAGGAGUCAUUGCUGUCAAUUGCAAAAGCUGAAUUUAAAUUUAAAUAUUAGUCAAAACUGUGGACCUAAUAAGUGUGUGUGUAGAUAAAUAGAUAGGUGUUGUAAUUGUUAGGUGCCCUCCAGUUUUCUUCAGUUGGUUCUGGCUCAUACCAGCCCUGUCUACAACAGAACGAAACACUGCCCAGUCCUGCACCAUCCACACAAUAGUUGUUAUGCUUGAACCCGUUGUUGCAGCCACCUUGUCGGUGCACCUCAUUGAGUGGCUGCCUUUUUCGCUGACCUUCUGAUUUACCAAGCAUGAUGUCCUUCUCCAGGCACUAGUCCCUCCUGAUAAUAUGCCCAAAGUAUGUGAAAUGAAGCCUUUCCAUCCUUGCUUCUAACGAGCAUUCUGACUACACUUCUUCCAAGAGAGAUUGUUCUUGCAGUCCGUGGUAUAUUUAAUGUUCGUUGUCCACACCAUAAUUCAAAGGUGUCAAUUUUUCGGUCUUCAUUAUUCACUGUCGAGCUUCUGCGUGCAUACAAAGCGAUUGAAAACUCUGUGGCUUGGGCCAGGUGCACCUUAGUCCUCAAAGUGAUAUCUCUGCUUUUCAACACUUUAAAGAAGUCUUUCGAACUUUCUUAAUGCAAUGCACCAUUUGAUUUGACUGCUGCUUCCAUGGCUGUUGAUUGUGGAUCCAAGUAAAAUGAAAUCCUUGACAACUUCAAUAUUUUCUCCAUUUAUCAGAAUGUUGCUUAUUGGUCCAGUUGUGAGGAUUUUUGUUUUAUGUUGAGGUGCAAUCCAUACUGAAGGCUGUGGUCUUUGAUCUUCAUCAGCAAGUGCUUCAAGUCCUCUUCACUUUCAGCAAGCAGGGUUGUAUCAUCUGCAUGUCAUAGGUUAUUGAUGAGUCUUCCUCCAAUCCUGAUGCCCCGUUCUUCAUAUAGUCCAGCUUCUCGGAUUGCUUGCUCAGCAUACAGAUUGAAUAAGUACAGUGAAAAGAUACCACGCUGAUGCACACCUUUCCUGUCUUUAAACCUCACAGUAUCCUUUUGUUCUGUUGGAAUGACUGCCUCUUGGUCUUUGUACAGGUUCUUCAGGAGUACAAUUAAGUGUUCUGGAAUUCCCAUUCUUUGCAAUGUUAUCCAUAAUUUGUUAUGACCCGUACAGUCUAAUGCCUUGCCUAGUCAAUAAGCCACGGGUAAACAAUCUUUCUGGUAUUCUCUGCUUUUAGCCAAGAUCCAUCUGACAUCAGCAAUGAUGUCCCUCAUUCCACGUCCUUUUCUGAGUCCAGGUUGAAUUCCUGGCAGUUCCCUGUCAAUGUGCUGCUGCAACUGUUUCUGAAUUAUCUUCAGCAAAAUUUAACUUGUGUGUGAUAUUAAUGAUAUUGUUUGGUAAUUUCUGCAUUCUCUUGGUGUAGACACAAGUAUGGAUCUCUUCCAGUCUGACGGCCAGGUAGCUGUCUUCCUAAUUUCCUGGCAUAGAUGAGUGAGCACCUCCAGCGCUUCAUCCGUUUGUUGAAACAUCUCAGUUGUUAUCCUGUCAGUUCCUGGAGCCUUGUUUUUUGCCAGUGCCUUCAGCGCGGCCUGCACUUCUUCCUUCAGUACCAUCAGCUCUUGGUCAUAUGCUGCCUCCUGAAACCAACAUUGAGCAAUUCUUUUUGGUACCGUUACUCUGUGUAUUCAUCCCACCUAUUGAUGCUUUCUGUGUUGCUCAGUACUUUCCUUGUAGAAUACUGCAAUAUUGCAACUGGAUGUUUGAAUUUUUUCAGUUCUUUCAGCUUGGAAAAUGCUGAGUGUAUUCUUCCUUUUUGGUUUUCUAACUCCAGGUCUUUGCACAUUUCAUUCUAAUAUAGAAUAGCUUCUAAGGCAGAUAGAAAUAACUUCAUUUUAUGCAUAAAGUACAGUGUCUCUGACUUUUCAGGAUAAGACUUUGUUUCUGGUUAAAUUAUCUGAUAAUAAAACACUUCAUAUUUUAGUUUCUUUAAGAUAUUUAGAAUAUUGUAAGUUUACGUGGCUAAGGGACUUGGCUCACAGCUAAUUCAUGGCAAAGGAUAUUUGUGAGUUUAACAUUCACACCUACAACUAUAGAACAUUUAUUUCACAGUGUAAUACUUAGCAAAUCUUUAUUUUAAAAUAUUUUGAGCUGUAUAGUGUAGCAAUGGAUAAUUUAUUCCGCUCUUAAGUUUUGGUUAUUAGGACAAAGUCUUGGUUGAACAAAGGCAAGGUAAAGAUGUGAGUUUUUAAAAUAUUAGUCCUAAGGACUGUUUUGUGUGGGCCAGAGCUACAUGAGCGCGAUCUAAUACGAUGAGACCUACUGGGUGAGGAUUCUUGCGUUGAUGAAGCUUAUCUAAGGCCAGAGCAAUUAAUCCUUAUGUGAGAUGUACAACCCCAUAAAAAAAAAAAAAACCCAUAGCCAGCAUUAAUUCAAGGUAGGAUUUGCUGAUGGGGAGACCUGACCAUUUGCCUACGCGAUGGCUGUGCUAACCAGGAAAUUCUGUAAGGUUUUCCUUCCCACCCCCAUUCACAACUCAGGUAAUUCCUCUUCCUUUCUUCGCCUAGCAAGCGUUGGUGCCGGUGUGUUAUGCUGGGCACAAGAGCUGCACUGAUGAGCAAAAAAGAUGUGAGUCCACAAGCUUUUAGUCUUGUAGCAAUCAGUCACGAAUACGCCGUUACAAAUGUGGUAAGUGCUUAUGAAGGAAAAUGCUGGGAACUAUGAGGAAGAUUGCAUAAAAGAAGUUUAAAGGACAAAGAGAAGGAAGGUCGUUGAGAGUAUUUGAAACAGAAGUUAACAGCAAAGAUCUUCAGGUGAGAAGCAGCAGCCGGAAUCUACGGUCUUGGCGUGGCUAAAUUAUGUAAAUUUUAAGGGGGGGGGUGUGAUUUUUGUGACAUUUGCAUUAAAAAAAUAAUUGACGGUAAUGUUUUAAGUACAUGAAUACUGAUUUUAUUAUGCUUUAUAGUGUACAUGUUACAUGUGAGUAUAUACACCAUAUUUUUUA